UUCGUAUCCACUAGUCCCCACUGCGAUAGAUCUUGAUCUUGGGCUGCGAAAGUGUUUUGUCUCAGUGUCUCAGUGUGACUUGGCUGAAAUUCGGGAAAGACUCCGGCAACGAACUUCUUAAUUAGGGCCCAGUGAUACUCCAAACAUGGCCAAGAUCAACCUGUUGCGACACCUCUUCCUGGCCCUCAUGCUGUACAGUGCGGCCACGGCCAAGGAGCACCUGCGAAUCCGCAGACAGGCGGCGGAGUCGGUGACUGCCGCAGCGCCGAAUGCCAGCAAAGUGAUUGCCUCCGAGGAGCUCGAGGACAAGACGGAGCUGCCCGGCGCCAAGGAAUACCCCACCGAAAUCAACAAGACUGAGCGGCCCGUGGAAAAUGUGGAGACCCGCAACUCGGCCUUCGAUUUGCCGGCUGCCUCGGACUUGUCCAGCUCCCUGGGCUCCGAGGAGGAUAGCAUCUACUAUGACAAUGCGCCCGUGGACUGCAAUCCCGAUCUGGUGGGCUUUGAAAUUGUGACAGGAUACGUGUUCUCGGCCCCCGAGAAGCUGAUGGACUCCCAGCCGGGCACCCUAAUGCUCACCGACUGCUUGGACACCUGUAGGAAGAACAAAACAUGCCAGUCAGUGAACUACGAGACGGGGCUUUGCGUGCUCUUCUCCGCACAUGCUGAUCAAUUACCAGGUGCGCUGACAAAGUCGCAGUUCCCCGUAUUCACUAUCUAUGCCCAAAAAUCAUGCCUGUCCGUGAAGCCCUGCUCCCGAGCCUGGUACGUCGAUCGUGUUCAGAACUAUAAGCUCAAGACGGAAGUGAAGCGUACCGUGUCGGUGGCGUCAAGACGCGAGUGCUUUGAACUCUGUCUCGGCGAAAACGAAUUCACAUGCAGAUCUGCCAACUACGAUCGCACCUCGGGAGCUUGCGAGCUGAGCGAGCUGGAUCGCCUGACGCUGGCCGGCUCCCAGGCGUUCCAGGUGAACGAAGGGUCCGAUUACCUUGAAAAUCACUGUGUCGAUGAACCCAACAAGCUCUGCGAAUUCAAACGUCUACCUGGUCGCAUUCUGAAGACGGUGGACUCGGUCUACCAAGAAGUGAGCAGCAUUGACGAGUGCCGGGAACUGUGCCUCAACUCGCCAUAUAGGUGCCACUCGUACGACUACAAUGACACGGGUGACAUGGUCUGCCGAUUAUCGCAUCACAGUCGUGCCACCUUGGCGGACGUGCAGGAGCCCUUCCUGGAGGUGCCCGAGGCGUCGACCUAUGAACUGUCCUCCUGCUACAAUGUGACCAUCGAGUGCGGCGGCGGCGAUAUGCUGGCACGCAUCCGCACCUCCAAGCUCUUCAAUGGCAAGGUGUACGCCAAGGGAUCGCCCAAGUCCUGCUCGGUGGACGUGAAGAGUGCGCUGGACUUCGAGCUGCGGAUGAACUACCACGAUCUGGAGUGCAAUGUGCGCCAGAGCACCGCCGGCCGCUAUGUGAACGAUAUAAUUAUCCAGCACCACGACAUGAUUGUGACAUCCUCCGAUCUGGGCCUGGCCUUGGCCUGUCAGUACGACCUCACCAACAAGACGGUGAGCAAUGGCGUCGACCUGGAUGUGCGUGGCGACAUCGUGCCCGCCCUCUCCGAGGAGGUAAUUGUGGAGUCACCCAACGUCAUCAUGCGCAUCACCUCGCGCGACGGCUCGGACAUGAUGCGCUCCGCCGAGGUUGGCGAUCCGCUGGCCCUCAAGUUCGAGAUCGUCGACGAGCAGAGCCCCUACGAGAUCUUCAUUCGGGAGCUGGUGGCCAUGGAUGGCGUGGAUAACUCGGAAAUUACGUUAAUCGAUUCCAAUGGCUGCCCCACCGACCACUUCAUCAUGGGGCCCAUUUACAAGGGUUCGGUUUCCGGCAAGAUGCUGCUCUCCAACUUCGAUGCCUUCAAGUUCCCAUCGAGCGAGGUGGUCCAGUUCCGCGCCCUGGUCACGCCCUGCAUGCCCAGCUGUGAGCCCGUCCAGUGCGAGCAGGAGGACACCAGCGGGGAGUACAGGUCCUUGUUGUCCUACGGCCGCAAGCGCAGAUCGCUCAACACCACAGAUGAUCAUCCGAGACCACGUCGCGACAUCGAGACUUCAAAGAAGUCCGCGCCCAGCGACAUGCUGCUGGUCCAGUCCAUUCAGAUUACGGACAAGUUCGGAUUCAAGCAAGAUAAGCAGGAAAGCGGAGACUUUUACGACGGAAACGAGACCACAUUCACUGCCAACGAGGAGGGGCACGGAUUCUGCGUGAACGCCAUUGGUCUUAUUACGGCUGCCACCAUUUUCCUGCUAACCCAGCUGGCCGUGAUCGCGAUCUGGACGUACUGCUACCAACGUCGCCAGAAACUGCAGCCGUACCAGCAUUCUUAUUAAGCCGGAGCAGGUGGCCCAUUAAUUUACAUAGACGUCUAAGCUUCACAAGGUGCAAUCAAUAUACACAAUACGCAAGGUUAGGCCAGCCAGCCAGCCAACCAACCCACUAAUGCCACGAAUAUCCGUACGAAAUGCCCGUCGUCCUGAUACAACACACAACAUCCGCUAUUUGCCUUAUCUAGUCAGUGCACGAUUUUCGAGAAAUGAAAAUGAAAUGGAAAUGGAAAUUCAAAUCUACAUACGUGUCUUGCUCGGUGGAGGUGGAGUUCAGAUUGCUUGCAUUGCAGCCUUGGCGUUUUGGGUUCGAGUACUCCUCCCCCAACGGAACGGAUUCCCCACUUGCAAAGGAAGUUCGACAGCCCGUGGGAUCCUUGAACUUCCUUUGCGACUUCGGAAGUCGACACUCGGACGUUGACAUUUGUAAAAACUAAUGCAUAUUACAUUCCUAUAUACUCCUCCUCGAACUAACUCCCUUCCCCCUUCUAC